UCUCUCUGUUUUUGUUUACGCACCAGCUUUUGUCUUUAUCUGGUUGUGUCGCGUUAUUUUUGCGCUUUUCUCUCUCUCUCUCUCCCCGAUGAUGAAGCCAUGAGUUCAGAGGAGGGCAGACUUACGCUACAGAGACGCUUUCUGAGCUAAAAAGAAAUGCGGACAAAAAUGUAAAGGGAGGACGACAGAAAAAAAAGUCCAGACUGCAUCUGAAAUAUCAAGUUUGUUUUUGAGCUCUGCUACGAGAAAAAGGACCCCCAAGCUCCAGGACAAGUGCUGCUGUUGACUCUCUCUCUCUACCUCUUUCUCUACCUCCCUCACUCAUUGUCUUUCUCUCUCUCUCUCUCUCUCUCUCUCUCCUGCCACCACUUCCCCACAGACUUGCAUCCUCCGUGCGGGGCUCCGGUGUCCUUCCACCUAUCCAUUCAGUGCAGUCCGCUGCUUUGCGCGCUAUCGUCGCCGCCAACCUCCCCUCUUUUUUCCUCCCUCCCUCCCUCAGUCCGUCCAUCGCUACUAACAAACUUUUUUCCCCCUCAUCCUUCCUUGUGGAUCUCCGGUCCGGUUCCCGAGUCCAGAUUCAGUACCAGCGUGAUCCGUGUAUCCGGGAGUUGAAGCACAGCCCAGCCCUGGAUUCAAUACUCCUGAUCAAUGGACAGAGCCUCCUCAGCGGCCAGCAGCGCUACAGACACGCCGUAAACAACUCUUUUUCUCUGGCUGGAGCUCCUCUGGGGGCCUGGAGGAGGAUGGAGCGAGGAGGGGAGAGUCCCAUCACCCAGGACAGUCCUGAGCGAAGGGGAGGCAGCCCAGAUUUGAGCGGCCUCCCACCACCAGGGAAGAAGGGCCGGUUGGAGCUCAAUGGAAGCCCCACUGGGCCCCGCAUACGCCACAAUGGAGCCCCGCUGAGACCUCUAGGAGGUCUGAUGAUUCCAGUCUUCUGUGUGGUGGAGCAGGCAGAUGGAGGGGGUCAGACGGAGGGAUGUGAGGGAAGAGAGGAGCACGCAGAGUUUGUGCUGGUCAGGAAGGACAUUCUCUUCUCUCAGCUGGUGGAGACGGCUCUGCUGGCCCUCGGCUACUCCCACAGUUCAGCUGCGCAGGCCCACGGCAUCAUCAAGGUGGGAAGGUGGAACCCUCUGCCCAUCCACUUCCUGACUGACGCUCCAGAAGCAACAGUGGCUGACAUGCUGAUGGAGGUCUACCAUAUGGUCACACUACGCAUCCAACUACAAAGUUUCUCAAAGCUGGAGGACCUGCCCUGUGAACAGUGGAACCACGCCACUGUCAGAAACGCUCUCAAAGAGCUGCUGAAGGAAAUGAACCAAAGCACUCUGGCCAAAGAGUGUCCCCUGUCACAGAGUAUGAUUUCCUCAAUUGUGAAUAGUUCCUACUACGCCAACGUCUCUACUGCCAAGUGCCAGGAGUUCGGCCGUUGGUACAAGAAAUACAAGAAAAUCAAAGUAGAUUAUCUGGAGAAGAUGUGGUCUGGACGAGAUCCUGCUGACAUCAAAAUUGAGAGAGACAACAUGGCAGACUUUUGUGUACUGGGCCAGAGACCUCCUCCUCACUUGGCUGGCCUGGCCCAGCUCAGUCACCUGGGAGCCGGCAGUCCCCUCUUAAAGACAGGAUCUGGAGACCCGCAGGCACCCUCCCAGCCACCUCAGCAGCCUCCUCUUCCCCAGCAACAGCCCUCGCCCCACGGCCCCCUCCACCACAGCCCUCCUCUUCGUACGGGCCAGGUGCCUCCUCCGCCCCCUCCGCCCCCGCCUGGUUCCCUCCAACCCCUGCUGGGACCAGGUGGACUGCUCUCCCCUCAGCUCUCCCCGCAGCUGGUACGUCAACAGCUCGCCAUGGCCCACCUCAUCAACCAACAGCUAGCUGUUAGCCGCCUGCUGGCCCACCAGCAUCCCCAGGCCCUCAACCAGCAGUUCCUCAACCACCCGCCCAUCCCUCGGGGUUCAUCCAAAGUUGGCGACCAUCCUGGGAGCAACCCCUCGGCCGCCGAGGUCUCCUCUGAAAUCUACCAGCAGGUCAGAGAUGAGCUGAAGAGAGCUAGUGUCUCCCAGGCCGUGUUCGCCCGUGUGGCUUUCAACCGCACACAGGGCCUGCUAUCAGAGAUCCUGAGGAAGGAGGAGGACCCUCGCACCGCCUCACAGUCCCUGCUGGUGAAUCUGAAAGCAAUGCAGAACUUCCUCAACCUGCCUGAGACAGAGAGAGACCGAAUCUACCAGGAGGAGAGGGAGCGCACCAUGAACCCUACAGUUGGCCUUCCUGCCUCCAAUUCGUCAAACCCCGGUGCUCCACGCCUCUCACAGAAAGUGUGGGAGAGGAGCUUGGAAGACCAGAUAACCCCUGAUACCUGGGCCUCCAUCUGGAAGAACAAGACUAAGAUCUCCAACUCACCAAAGCCAUCUGGCCCAGCCCCGGACCUCCCACUGAAGCUGGAAUCACUGGUCAACAUUACGUCAGGCAUCUAUGACGAAAUUCAGCAGGAGAUGAAAAGAGCCAAAGUGUCGCAAGCUCUGUUUGCAAAGGUGGCCGCCAACAAGAGUCAGGGAUGGCUGUGCGAGUUGCUCCGGUGGAAGGAGAACCCCAGCCCAGAGAACCGCACUCUGUGGGAGAACCUGUGCACCAUCCGGAGGUUUCUGACGCUGCCGCAGGGUGACAGAGACCUGGCGUACGAAGAGGAGUCCAGGCACCAUCACACAGAGAGGCUGCACACCGUCCUCCACCUGCCACAGGACACACAGCUCUUUUGUCUUUCACGGCAGGCACUCCACAGGCCACCCCCGGCUCCAAUGAAGGAGCACCGCCUGUCUCCGAUGCGCGAGGAGCCGCUACCUGCCCCUGCGAACGACGAGGGGUCACAGAAUGUGGGAGCAGGCGGAUGUCAAUCAGGCAAUGUUGGCAGUGCUGGAAGCAACAAGAAGCCACGAUCACGCACUAAGAUUUCCCUGGAGGCCUUGGGUAUCCUGCAGAGCUUCAUCCAGGACGUCGGCCUUUAUCCUGACCAAGAGGCCAUCCACACCUUGUCGGCACAGCUUGACCUGCCCAAGCACACCAUCAUCAAGUUCUUCCAGAACCAGCGCUACCACGUCAAGCACCACGGCCGCCUCAAGGAACUGAGUGAGGGGGCUGCCGCCAGCGGAGGUGUGGACGUCAGUGAAUACCGGGAAGAGGAGUUGCUUUCUGGCUCAGAGGACCCAGAGUCCAGUGAGGAUGGAGCUGAGGAGAUCUACCAGUCCACAGAUGGGAAUGGUGGGAACCAGCCUCAGGCCUCAUCUGGUUCUAACUCCAGCCAGUUGUCCUCAGGGACCAACAUGGCUCAGGAGGAGAGCAAGGACAAGGGGCAUGGCCGGCCUGGAGGCCCCCUGGCUACAGGGAGCUCCUCAUCCAGUCCCAGAGAGCAGGCUGACUACCAGAGGUAGAGACUGACAAACAGAGAGGAGAGGACCGAGAAAAAGGGAGAAGGAGACGAUAUAAGAUACAGAAAGGGUCUAUGAUAAUGAAAUGAAGAACUGAUAAUGAAUUGAUAAAUGGAGUUCGGCCACAUAGAAACUGUGAGAGAUAAAUGUCUACAUAGGAACAGAUUAAUCAAGAAAACUUUGGGCUGAAAUACUGUACAUGACCACACAUACUGAAAUAACCACAUGUAGUGAAAUAACCACACACUCUUUCUCAUGACAAUCUCAUCAGUCUCAGACAAACAUCUGUGAAAACCUGUGUUUUAGAGUGACAGCUGUAAAUGUACCUCAGCAGAAGACAGCAGGUUGGCAGUGUGCUGUGACACAGCAGUGAUCGUGUAAAUGUGAAUGAAGGUUGUUUUUUUUUUCCCCAACAGGACAAUUCAAAUAAGCCAGUCACAAACUCUCAUUAAAAAGUUGCUGCUCAUGCCUUCAACACACAAAUGGACACAAAAAUCUUUAUGACCAAAAUUAUCGUGGGGCUCUCUCCUAAACAGCCAAUCUCCAGAAAAGGCACUCCAGAAUAAAUGUUCUCCUCCUCUGUCUCUUAAAUCUGAGCACAGUCACAUAGGACAUACAUGCUGGGUUGAAUUCUACCCGCCGAAUGACAUUUAUGGACAGCUUCCUGGGGCCUUCUGAGACCUCUACAAUCCUAUAAAACCUCAGGACACACACUGAUGUUGCUAAUGCUGUUGCCUGCCUGAGAACUCGGAUGGACGGCGGUCGCCAUUCAUCUUCAUUUUUCAGUUUGUGGGGAAAAGAAAUGACCACCCCACAUCCUGCCCUCGCCUCACCGUCACACUCCAGAAUCACUACCAGUCCUAUCUAGCACUUAUAGUUCACAAAGAUAUUUUGUGGAUGAGUUUUUCGCUCUUGCCUCCUGCCACUUGGUCUCCCUCCUCUCGAGGUUCACAAAAAAGCAGUGAGGUUUUGAAAAAUGACUCACGAGAGGAGAGCAGUGGACAGUUUUGCAAGAGGACUGACAUCAGGAGGAUGUGGCGUGGAGGGACACUCGGGCCUGUGUACCCACGACUCUGAACCCUUCUUGGCUCCCGCUCGCGUCUGUGUGGUGAGAAAAAUGUCAAGAAAGGAAGGACAGAGCGGAGAUUCAGCAACCAAACAAUCAGUCACUUUAUGUGCGGUAGUCCAUCCCUUCCACUCUCCCUCUCCAUCUCACUCUCCCCCCUUUUUCCUCUCUAAUUGGUGCCCACGGUCUUGUGUUUCACCACACCUACCCGCACUUAAACUUCACCAACCCUAUUUAUUGCUAUCUUUAUCCAUGAUUAUUAUUAUCAUUAUUGUUAUUAUUGUUGUUAUUAUGGUUAGAAUUGCUGUCAUUGCGUGCUAUUUUUAGUUUUUAUUUCCAUGGUUUUAAAUAUUGGUUUUCGGAACAGGGCGGUUAUUUGGAUAACAAGGGACAUUAAGAGCGUUCUGCCCUAAAAGAAGAGGAAGAGACAAGGAGUGGAGAGUGAAAGAAAAAUAAAAAAAGAAGCAGUUACUGAGUGUUAUUGGGUUAAAGAAAAGUCCUGUUAUGUUGUAUUAUUUUUAUAGUUCUGUUUCCCAAAAGUAGUAAAUAAGAUUUGGUGAAAAGAGAAAUAGUAAAAUAAGAAAGCAAAACUGUGCUUUUUCUUUUGCUGCAGUUGAUGACAAUCUACUUUUUUGAGCCAUUACAGAAAUGUGGCAGGUUUGACUCUAUUCUUCACUUUUAAUGUCUGUAAAUACCCAAAAAAAUGGGAUAAAUUGUUAUUGAUAUACAUCUAUUUUUUAUUUUUGCCGACGUUUAAGUGUUUGAGCCAGUUUGGAGUACCAGAAGAGUGCUGUUUUUUUAUUUUUUUUUGUUUGUUUUGUUUUUGUGUCUUUUUUGGACAACUCAGUGAAAUCAGUUCAUUUCAUUGUGCCAGGCAAAUCUAAUCACAAGAGUAUUUAAAAAGAAUUCAAACUGUUUUUUUGGGGGGGAGGGGGUUUUUGUUCAAUGUCUGGUGCAGUUGUGUGCAAAUAUGUGUUCAAAACAAUAUCUGAGAGCGGAUAGUCUCUUGUUUGACCGUCUUGAUCGGCUGCUACACUCAAACAGAUGACCUGCCUUUUUAAUUAUUACGUCGAUCACUCCGUAUGAUAUUAUUGUGCUUUUCUGUAUGACAGGAAUCAGGGUUAGACUCAAACGCAGUUCCAAUGAAAUCUCAGUUCAUUCAGUGUUGAAGUGAAUUAAAAAUUUGUGAAUUCAAAAAAAAAAAAAAA